AUGAUGGACCAGCUUCAAGGAACAUGGAAAUCUGUUUCCUGUGAAAAUUUUGAAAACUAUAUGAAGGAACUGGGAGUAGGAAGAGCCAGCAGGAAGCUGGGCUGUCUGGCAAAACCCACUGUGACCAUCAGCACAGUAGGAGACAUGAUCACCAUCAAAACCAAAAGCAUCUUUAAAAACAAUGAGAUUUCCUUCAAGCUGGGGGAGGAGUUUGAGGAAAUCACACCAAGUGGCUGCAUAAAGAGUACAGUAACCUUAGAUAACGACUCCUUGGUUCAAGUUCAGGACUGGGAUGGCAAAGAAGCCAUGAUCCGCAGGCGGCUGGUCGAUGGGAAAAUGGUGGUGGAAAGUGCAGUGAAUAAUGUCACCUGUACUCGUACGUACCAGAGAGUAUUAGAACACUCAAUCUCAAGGUCAAGUUGUGACCCAACUACUGAUGCUAUUUGA